AUGAAAGCUUUUACUUAUACCACUUUGGCUUUGUUAGCUAUGCUUGCGUCUGCUAGACCGGAAAUCAACGAUGACCAUGUCAAAGCUUUUGAAGCUCGUAAAGCUACCGAAACAAGUUGUUCCAAUAACCUUGCUGGUCGUGCCGGCGGUGCAGGUGGGAAUGGUGCUGGAGGUUUUCAGGGUGGUGCCGGAGGGCUCAAAGGUGCUGCUGGUGCUGGGGGCGCAGCUGGUGCUGGUCAGAAUGCGGCUGCGGCAGGGGGUAAAGGUGCUGGUCAGAAUGCGGCUGCGGCAGGGGGUAAAGGUGCUGGUCAGAAUGCGGCUGCGGCAGGGGGUAAAGGUGCUGGUGCCGCGGCUGGUGCUGGUGCCGGUGCCGGUGCUGGUCAGAAUGCGGCGGCGGCAGGAGGUAAAGGUGCUGGUGCUGCGGCUGGUGCCGGUGCCGGUGCUGGUCAGAAUGCGGCGGCGGCAGGAGGUAAAGGUGCUGGUGCGGCGGCGGCCGCUGGAGGGAAAAAUGCUGGUGCUGGUCAGAAUGCGGCGGCGGGAGGCAAUGGUGCCGCCGCCGCUGCCGCUGCUGCAGCGGCCAAGGGUAAAGGUGGGAAUAAGGGCAAAGGUGCAGCUGCCGGUGCUGCAGGUGGAGGAGCCGCCGCCGCCGCCGCUGCCGCUGCUGCUGCUGCCGCGGGGAAGAACAAUGGUGGUGGUAACAAUAAUACGACCACCACGACAACCACUUCGGCUAAUGCCGCUUCGGAUACCCUUACUGCUCCUAAGGCCGAACAAACUGCCGUUAUAGCGGACGAAAAUGGUCAGACGGGUAAACCAGAUCCCAAGUUGGUCAACAAUGGAGGAUUGACUCUCUCUGCCGACCUGGUCAGCACGGCCUCCGCCGGUAACCCGACCGACGGAGAAGUAGCUUCGGCAUCUUCCAACAACAACUACCUCCAAUUUUGUGAAGGUCAAACAUUGACAGGCGGUCUUCAGAACACUGAUGGAAGUUGCAAUCCGAUCCCAAUGGGCCAGAUUCCCGACGUCAACCAUAUGAUCUCAACCGUAAUCGUCCAACCACCAAACGGAGGGACUGUCCCUGCGAACAAAGAUAUCAACGUCGUCAUCGCUCAAGUAGGUCUAGACUCUGGAGCAUUUACCGAUGCUGCCGCUACUUAUUAUUCUGGUCCACAACAAGUCAACCCUGGGACUGGUAAUAUCAAUGGACACUGUCAUGUCACGGUUGAGCCCUUCAACGGGAAACCCAAUGUGAAGAAUGAGUUUGGCUUUUUCAACGGUCUUAGAGAUGGAACUCAAAACGGUCAAUAUACCUUCACUAUCGCCGGAGGAUUAGAAGCUGGGGAAUAUCGCAUGUGUACAAUGUCAUCCGCAUCCAAUCAUCAAUCGGUCCUUAUGCCGGUUGCUCAGAGAAUCGCUCAGGAUGACUGCGUACGUUUCACCGUUGCCUGA